AUGGCAGCAGCAAAUCCCACCAACGUUAUUCGGAGGAAACUCGUCAUUGUAGGGGACGGUGCUUGCGGAAAGACUAGUUUGCUUAGCGUCUUCACACUUGGAUAUUUCCCUACCCACUACAUUCCUACCGUCUUCGAGAACUACGUCACAGAUUGCAGAGUAGAUGGAAAGUCGGUGCAGCUUGCGCUAUGGGAUACCGCCGGACAAGAGGACUACGAGCGGCUACGUCCCCUCGCCUACUCCAAGGCGCACGUCAUCCUGGUCGGCUUCUCCAUCGACACGCCCGAUUCACUCGACAACGUCAAGCACAAGUGGGUGGAAGAGGUUACCCGACUCUGCGAAGGCGUCCCCAUCAUCCUCGUCGGACUGAAGAAGGAUCUCCGCGAAGACCCCGUAGCGAUUGAGGAAAUGCGAAAGAAGUCGAUGCGCUUUGUCACACACCAAGAGGGCGACGCUGCCGCCAAGGAGAUUGGAGCCCGGAAAUACCUCGAAUGCUCCAGUUUGAGCGGCGAGGGCGUCGACGAUGUCUUUGAGGCCGCCACUCGCGCCGCCUUGUUGACCUUCGAGAAGGGCGAGGGAGGCGGCUGCUGCGUCAUUCUGUGA